AUGCAAGAGACCAAGAGGCUGAAGUCCCGAGCCAUCUACAUAAAGCCCAUGCUUACUGAAGACAGCACAAGGGCGCGCCUCGACUUUGCCAAGUCUUUUGUUCGACUUUUGCCAAGUGGAAACCAUGCUUUCGUCGACAUGAACGAGUAUAUUCAUGUAGAUGAGAAGUGGUUCUACUUGACAAAAGUCAAGCGAAAGUUCUAUGUCUACGACGAUGAAGAAAUGGCCUUGCGUGCGGCGAAGUCCAAGCAGUUCAUCACCAAAGUGAUGUUCUUGGCCGCGUUGGUCCAGCCUCGAUUCGACCACACGAAGAAGGCGUAUUUCGACGGUAAGGUUGGCGUGUGGCAUUUCGUCGUUGUCCAGCCUGCCAAGUGA